CACACUCACACACACAAUCGCUCACUCACUCACUCACAAGCCCUGACAAUGUGACAUCACUGGAGUUUCCCCUGCCGGCAACUCUCCUCUCCUGCUCUCUCUCUCUGCUAGCACAUAAAAACACACGAGCCACAGCUGAAGACAGACACAACUGCUCAGAGCUUUCUGACACUCACACUAUCAAAUAUCCACCUAUCUGACAAGCCUCAUCUGAGAAACUACAGCAUUGAAAUAAUGGCCCAGGACUGGAAGAGCGCUGAUCUGGAGGUUUGUCUGGAGGGAGCUGAACCCAUGGAGGGGCUGAGGAAGAUGGGCACCUCACGGCCAUCAACGAGCUGGAAGAUUUGUUUGUCUCUACUGGCGAUAGGACUGUGUGCUGCUGCUGCUAUCACUAUAAACAAUCAGAAACAAGACACUGCUGUCGGAAGUGAAGAUAUGAGACACACUUUGAGACAGAUCUCAAAACAACACAAAGGGAGCACAGCCAUUCAUUUGGAAGGAGAGUACAACUCCACAUUCUCCAAUACUAAAGUGGAAUGGAAAGACGGCCAGGACCAGUCUUUUCACGCGGGGGGGCUGAAACUGGUCAAGAAUGAGAUCGUCAUCCCCAGAAAAGGCGUGUACUUCGUCUACAGCCAGGUGUCCUUCCGCAUCAACUGCCGGGUUAGCCCAGACCAGGCCCAGUCGCUGGAGACAAUCCAACUGAGCCACGCGGUCAUGCGCACGUCCCGUGCGUUCGACGACAAGAGGCCGCUGCUGAAAACGAUGCGCUCAGGCUGCAAGCAAUUCAUUUCCGAGGAGGAGGACAGCGGGGAGCGCUGGUACAGUGCCAUCAACCUGGGAGCCGUCUUUAGCCUGGAGGAGGGCGAUCAGCUGUACACCCUGACCGAGUCCCACCUGCUCCCCCACGUGGAGGGAGAAAGUGGGGAGACCUUCUUUGGAGUGUUUGCUCUCUAAAGGCACAUGUCUUUGAGAGUGUGUGUGUUUGAGCGAGUGAGUGGAUGUGAGGACGGCAAACUGUACUAAUGGGUUUUUACAAGGCGCUUGUUUUAUGUUAAAACAAAGUUCACUCAAUUGUGGAGUAUCAACAUUUAGAUCAUAUCUAAGUUCACCAUACCUAUACAGUAUUUGUAUAUUACGUGUGGAACCGAAGUAUGAAGUAUUCUGGGUUAAAGCUUAGUCCUUAGGAAUGUACGAGUCAAUAUCACUGUGUAUCACUACAUAAGACUACAACUAAUUCCUUAUCCUAAAAGGGCAACAGAAGAGACCAAAUUUUGAGCUGUAAUGAAUGUAGUUUUAUUGAUGUUUAUUUAUAUAUUUGAAUUAUUGAUGUUAAUUUAUAUAUUUGAAUUAUGUGCUUUAUUUAUAUAUUUGAAUUAUGUAUUUUAUUUAAAUAUUUGAAAGUGUAUACAUUCCAAUGGUAUUUAUUGAUAUUUAUUUAUUGUGUUUUUUCAUCAUUGUUUAAUUUGAAAAUAAAAAUGUUUAAAUGAACCCUCAGUGCAUUUGUUGUAUAUGCUGUUGACACUUGAUGACACUAAGUGUACAUAUCUGUCUUCACACACACACACACACACAGACACACACACACACACACGUCAUCCACACACCCCAGCACCACUCAUCUCCACCUUUCUCCAUCUCUGAGAAAUACAUCAUCUGAUUCUGUCUCCUGCCUCACUCUGAGCCUCCUCUCUAUCUGUCUGCUUCUGACCAUGCAU